AUGAGUGAAGGGGCCAGGCUCGCAGAGCCAGCCGGAAACCUGAAGCGGCCGGCGAUUCUGGGAUGCCUCGCAUGUGUCAUCGCGGAUGUGCGGGGGCUUUGGCUGGAGAUCUGGAGCUUUGCGAAGCGCUCCGCGGCAGCCUGCGAGUCGGGCCGCACCCCAUGGAUCCAGGCUGCCUUCACAGGCCUGGCAACCGGCACCUUGGCUGCCGUGGUCGCGGUGGCUGCGGCUAGUCGGCCAGUGGCAGCACCUUUGGCAGGGAGCUACUGGCUUACACGCGUGCUGUCUCUCCGCUGGCUCUCGGCGAUUCUCUUCAUCGCCUUCCUGGUGGCACUGAGACAGAACAAGGCGCUGAUUGGCGACGACGGCAUCCUCCCAGCGCGGCAAUUGCUGAGGCGGGUGGACGUCUCCGUCGCCCGAACUGCUGGGAACUGGCAGGAGCUGAGCUUUCUCGGCAAGGUGCGCUGCUUCGUCUUGCGUGCAGAGCGGCUGCCCACUCUGCUCUGGUUUGCUGGGGCCAGGCCCUUGAACUCGUGGCUUCAUGGCCUGGCCUGGGCCGGCUUGCUGUUAUCAGGAACUGCCUUUGCCGUGGGUGGCGCCUCCAUGCUGCACCUCUUCACGCUCUGGAUACUGUACAUCUCGCUGGUGGCCGUAGGGCAGCGCUGGUACUCUUUCGGGUGGGAGUCGCAACUCCUGGAGACUACCUUGCUCCAAGCGCUUGCUGCACCGGCUUUGGCAGGUGGAGCCAUGGCUGCCUCUCCCUCGAUGCUCGCACCCUGGGCCUUUCGCUGGCUGGCCUUCCGAAUCAUGCUGGGGGCGGGGCUUAUCAAGGCGAGGGGAUCAAAGACUUGGCUGGACCUCACUGCGAUGUGUCACCACAUCGAGACGCAGCCCAUCCCCAAUCCAUUGUCCCGCAGGUUUCACAACCUGCCUCGUCGUUUGCAUUUGUAUGCAACUGCCUCCAACCACAUCAUCGAGCUUGUGAUGCCCUGGCUGCUGCUCUUUCCAUGUCGGCCUGCGCUGGCGGCUUUCGGUGCAGUGCACAUUCUCUUUCAGUUAACACUCAUCCUCACUGGAAACCUGUCCUUUCUGAACUGGUUAACGAUUAUACCUGGGCUGUGGUGCUUUGAUGAUGCCACCUUGGUGGGCCUUCUGCCAGAAGCUUUUGCACAGCCCCUCGCCAAGCGAGUCCUCCAUGCCAGAGCCGUGGCAACCCCUCUGAGCAGCGUCACCUGUCAUUUCGCGCGUGACAUUUUGGCUGCCUGCAUUAUCGCAUGGCUUUCACUGCCAGUUUGGAGGAACCUCCUUGGCCCUCGUGGUGGAGGCCGUCAGCGAAUGAACUCCACGUUUGAACGGCGAGUGGUGCUACCGCGCUUCCUGCUACGUCUUGGUGCCAGAGGCGAAGCCGACGAGACCUCAGCGACGAGUCAGUCGUCCUCACCGGCCCAGAAGAGGCGACGGCUUCUACCUGAACUGGAGAUCAGCAUGAACCUGCAAAGCCUGCGGCUUCUGAACACAUACGGCGCAUUUGGAUCUGUGAACACGGAGCGCAUCGAAAUUGUCUUUGAAGGAACGCCGGACGGCCGCAACUGGUACCCGUACACUUUCAAGGCAGCAGUUGACGAUCCCAUGAAGCGGCCUGGCUUCCUAGCACCGUACCACCUCCGGCUGGAUUGGUGCCGAUGGAUCGCAUCUUGCCGUGGGCGCCGUUCCAACGGCCUAGCGGAGCCCUGGGUCCUUAGUUUUGUGGCGCACCUUCUGCGGGGGGACCCGGCCACUCGCAAACUUCUGGCCAAGGGUGGAGAUCCGUUCGAGCGAGCCGAUCCACCAAUGCGUGUCCGGGGCGAACUCUACCAGUAUGUCUUCGCGCCACGGCCACGCUCGCAUGCAGACCCGUAUUGGCUUCGCGAGCGUGUCGGCAAGUACUUGCCACCACUUGGUUUGGACGAAGUCUCGGAGAGGCUUGUGGAUCACGGUUUGCUGUAG